AUGGUCAUUGCCUCUGUUGUGACGGAGGAGGUGGAGGACCUCCGACUGGUUCUGGAGAAGCCUUCACUUAGCCUCCCGCAUGCCACCUCGUCAAACGGAAAGACGGUUCCAAUCCAGCAUGGCAAAGACAGUAAUGUUGAUUUUGGUGCCGAGGUGUAUGGCAUUGAUUUGAACAAUUUCACCGACGCCGAUUUUGACUUUAUUCACGAUGCACUGCACCGUCACAAACUGCUAGUGUUUAAGCAGCAACCUGAGAUGCUGAGCCCGCAACAACAGUACAAGUUAACGUCAAGUUUCGACCCGGACGAGACGACUGGAGGCUUUGCGCAUGGUGUCGAUCCAUUUCUGACAUCGCACAAGGGAGUCAACAUUUACGGCAUACCCAAGCGGCCUGCAAUCCCAGUGCAACCCCAAGUCCAUAUUCUAGGCCGCGGUGCGCUGCCUGAAAACCACUACUCGUUUCCACCAGACUUUGAGGUGCAGGGCAUUGACCACGAGGAAUUCCAUCUACCCCCUCACAUCUCCGCCGAGGAGCGAGAAAAGGGAGCGAGUCGUUUUUACCAGUGGCAUUUUGACGGCUCCCUGUACAACAUCCCACCGCCCCGCGUCGGCUGCUUACUGGCCGUUCGGACUCCCAAGGGUCCCGACGUGACGGUCCGCUGGGACGAUGGGACCGGUACAGAGAUGAAGAUUGCUCCCGGCGCCACAGCCAUGGUGGCCGGCUCGCGCGCCCUGGCCCUGCUCGACGACGAGACUCGCAAUCUUGUCAUGAACAGUCGCAUCGAGUACGCCCCACACGCCUUUGUCUGGAUGUCGACGGCGCACUCUACACGACUGGGCCACCUCAUCGAGACCGAAGGUCUGGAGAAGCCCCUCGAUCAGCUACCAAAGUGGGACAAGGAAAAGGUGGCCAUUUACCCCAUGGUCUGGACCAAUCCCGUGACGGGCGAAAAGUCUCUACAGGUACAUGGCCAGGGAGCCUUUAAGCUGCACCUCAAGGACUCGCCUGAUGGGGAGGAGAAGAUUGUGGAUGACUUGCGAGAAGUCCGCGCUUUCAUGCAUAAACUUAUGCGGCCAACGCUGAGCCCAGAGAAUAUCUAUGCUCACCGGCAUGAGGAGCAAGACGUCAUCUUGUGGUACAACAGAGCUUUGUGGCAUAGUAUUACGGAAUUUCCAAAGUCCUAUGGGCCCAGAGUGAUGCACCAGUGCAAUGUCGCUGCCAGCGACCACCCAGUCGGUUAA